AUGCUCUUCGUUUGUGGCAUGGCAAGCCAGCGGCCAAACGAUGCCUUCUGGAAGAGUCGAGAUGUGGACGGGAGGAUGGAGGCAGGCAUCUUCGUGGCCUGGGAUGCUCGGAUGGUCCUGGUGUUGGUGGUGACCCUUCUCCAGAACUGGCUUGCAGGUCUCGUUGCCAAACGCCUCUCCACCGUCAUCCGCUCCAGCGCACAGCAGCUCUCUUUGCUCAUCGUGUACUUCGUGGGGGACAUUUGGUUGAACCACGUUGUUUUCGACUGGCCAGUGGGAACCACGGCGCUGGUGAUCGCUCUCUCCGUGCAGGUCUUCGCGUUGGCGGGGCAG